AUGGACAAUAGCUUAAGAUCGUUGAUAAAAACUUACGAGCUAGAGUCAAGUACUUUACCUGUACAUCACCAUCAAGAGUUUGAAUUGGCUUCUACCUCACAGCCAUUAUCACAACGAAGUAACUACAUGCCUUAUUCAAACAACGGCAACAGCACACGAAAUGGUCAAAAAUAUGUACCACCACAUCGACUCAAGUCCAAAAAGGAGGCUAAUGAAAAUCACAGCACAAAAAAUGGCACUCACUUGCCAGGAGAGGAUGAAUUGACUAAACGACAAGAAAGAUUCAACUCAAAGAACGUCACUAAUUUGACAGAGGAGGAGAAAUUGGUUAAAAGACGGGAAAGGUUCAGCACGAAAAAUGAUAAACGUAAACAACCCCAUAAUUACGGUCUUAUCAGUAGAGGAGAGGAUACACGCUUGAAGGAUUCCGAGGCUCUACGAGAGGAAUAUUUUCUUGUUAUAUUACAUCAAUUUAUUAAAUAUACUUCAACCAACACGUCAAAGUCCUUAUCUGAAGCAUUCAAGAGGGUAAGGGACCUGAACCCAAAGGAUUUUGAGAAUGCUCAAGCUUUGAAGUCCAAUAUAGAAAACAAUAAGCAAACAAUCACCAUGGAGUCAUUAACAAUGUCGCUAAGAAAGUUACGAGAAAGUUUGUUACAUUUGAAACCAUCCCCUUUCCAUAAAAAGGUGUUUUUAUUCUCCACGCGUAUUUCAUAUUGCUGUGGUCAAUAUCAGACUUAUAUCCCAAGUAUCAAUUACUUGCUACUAUAUAAAAACGAUUUAAAGUUAUCUAAUUUGGAGACUGAAGAAGUUGCAGUGAUAUUGACCUUACAUUUAACUCAUUUUAAUAAUAACACGCCUAAAGCUGUUCAAGUUUACUUUCGAUAUAUACCAAAUCGUAAGGAUGUGUUACAAAUAAUACGGUGCUGGAUACAAAAAGAUUACUAUAAUUGGAACAAAAUAUAUAAUCUGAUGGAGAGCUUUGCUGUGAAGGCCAUGAUGAGAUUGGGCCUACCGAAAAUGCUAAAUCACAUGACCAAAAGCUUGAGCUCGAGCUAUUUUACUAUGAAAAAGUCGGUGAUUGAAAGCGAAUUACUUCCUGAUGAUGUGGAAUACGAAGAGCUAAUCAAUAACUACAAGGUGAAUUGGACUGUUGAUGAUGGAGGUGUAGUAACUUUGAGAAGGCGGCAAAGUAAGAAGGAAAAAUAA